AGCGAUCGCUUGGGCGCGCCUGUUUGUCAGAUGCUAGCGCCAUGGGCUCCUCCCGGAGCCGAUCGGAGCGCCGAUGAGUCAGGGCCUGCGCUGCGGGUGCGGCAAGCUGCAGCACAUGCGCGCGCCGCUGUGGGGGAGGAGGAGGUGCGGGAGUUCGUGAAUGCGGAGGCACAGCUACGAGCACUGGCGGUGCACCCAGACUAUCAUACCGACGAGGACCGACUCUUCCAGCUGCUGUCCAUAGCAAGCACCGCGGUAGUGGAUCUUGAAAGGUCACCACCAGAAGAAUCCAGAGCCUUGGACGAGGCUCAGCGGCUGCUGAGCAAAAUCUUGGGCUUCUGCACGGCAUGGCUGCGGCUCGCUGGCACUGGACGACUGGUCGAAGGGUUGGAUGGGCUGCGGGGCUGUAUAGCCUCUGAGCUGGUGUUUCAAACCGUCGCAGCUGUGGUGACAUCAGAGUCAGGUCUGGGAGCCUCCAUGCUCUUGGCUUUUCAGGAGCUGGAAGGCCUCAGCCUGAUGGGAAAGGCCGCCUGCAAUGUCGAGGAGGCUGCACUGGUCCUGGCCCUGCGCAAGCUAAGAGUGGUUGCAGCCCGGUGCGGUGCCGGCCGUCAAGGUUCCAGCGCGGAAUCGAUGAUGCGAAGCAUCGAGUCCUUCCGGGGCAACCUGCUUGAGCGUGUGCAGCUUUUCGCGGGACGCCGCGAGCGACGGCUGGGCGUUCCCCAAUUCAAGGAGAUUGUGGGGGACAUCGCCGGCCUUCUCGGCGAAGCCUACCCAAGCAACCAGGUCUUCGAGAUGAUGUGCCUUCUCUCCAUGCAGCUGAGCGUUGCCCUGAUCACUUACUGUCCCGAUGUGCCGGACGCUGAUUCACUGGAAGCUGUGGAAUGGCUGGCGAGUGUACUUCGCACCCUGCUGGACAAAGGUGGCGCUGGUCCCCAUCUCGGCCUUUUGUCCUCGCCUGGGGCUCUCCGAGAAUGGCUGGAGGACUCGGGUUUCUGGAAGCGCCUUGUCACGCAAGCGUCCUGCCGGGCACAGCAGCACGCACACCAGCUGAUGACCGUCUUGCUGUCCGGCGGCGUCCUGUCUUCUUCUGACCUCGUCGUGGCCCUCGCGAAGGAGGGGGUAUUGUCCAGAGCCUUGCCGCCAUCAUGCCGUGCCGCCCUGCACGGCGCCCUGCUGACCACGGCCAGCAAUUCCGAGAUGGAGGUUGCGCUGGACAUGUUCAGCGAAGUCUGCAGCUUGCUGGGCUUUGCAGACAUCUCCAGCGAAGGCAUCCACCUGCUCACCCGCCUGAACUUGAGAGCCCUAGACGCGGGCUACCUGCUGAACUCUGCUUCUGCCUCCAUUGACGGGUCGCUGGCAGUGCCCUUCCUGCUUCAAUAUCUGCAGUGGGGAUACAGACAGGACUCCGCGGACCUCCUGGGCCAGCUGGACUUUGCUUCCCGCUGUCUGACGCGCGUGCUGCUGCCUCAUCCCAACCUGGCGAUUUUGCUGCCAGCGGUGGCGGCGCAAGCGCUGAGCUCUGCCAGCGAGACCGGAGGCCUGUCUCGCCAAGCAGCUGCAAGGUGCAAUAGGGCCCUUUGUGCUGUCGCACUGGAUGCGGCCGCACUUGCACCAUCCAUGGAUUACAGCCAACUUCAGAUGGCUUCACCUGCUGUGCUGCUUCAAGCCAUGCCCCGGGUCGGCUCUGCGCCUCCCUUUGACUUCGAAAACACGGAGUACUGGCUGACUUCAUUGGUGGACUGCUUGUCUGCCUUCCUGUCUGCUGGUGCAGACAUUGGGAGCCGCGAGGUGGGAUUGUUGUGGAGCCGACUGGUUGUGCGGCCCAUCCUCGGGCUCCCGGCCAGCUUCACUGCGGGUCAGUACUUCAAGCUUGCGUUCCUUGCUCAGCCCGCGGCCGCCGCGACGCUCCUGGCGCCCUUCUUGGCAGCUCCAAACCCGCCGCCUCAGGUACGGCUCGCGUACUUGUCGGUCUUUUGCCCCGGCCUCAUGCAGGAGACGCCAGCGAUGACCUCCGUGAAUCUCUUCCCAGAGGUACGUACCGUGCUGGAGGUCCAGGACCCUGCGGAUGCCGGUGUCACGCUCUCCUCACCGCCGCGCCUGCCCCAGCCGUUGAGGCACUCCCUCAGUUCGGACGGCGAAGAGCCGUGGCUGGGAACAGGGGCCUCCCUGGCAGCAGCUGCCGCAGCCGCUGGCAUGGCAAUGGCCGACCCUUCCACCUCGGUGCCGAGAAUGCGCUUGGACCGGGUGCAGGCCGUGAUUCAGAACUCUCAAAGCACCGGCCUUUUUGGCGAAUUGACCGUGUAUGAUGCCACCGAGCGUCGCUUGUGGGACGAGUUCGACGAACUUGGCCGGAUCGAUGACGUGGAGGCCUUGCGGCAGCGGGACGCCGCGGCGCUUCGGUGCCUGGCGGCGCUCGACAAAGAGAUCGACGCGGUGGGCCGAGCCGGGCGAGAGCUGCCCUCCGCACUGGCAGAGGCGCGGGCAAAGUUCUCUUCGCUCUGCGAGCUGGUGGCAGGAGGAGCUGCAGCCAAGUCUUUGACGAGAAUUGGCAAGGUCGAGGCUGACUACACCAAAGCGGAGGAAGAUCUGAUUGCGGCGUCAUCUGCUCACCAGCGCUCCUUGGCCCGUUGCCGCCGGCUCGGCCAGCAGGCUCCCUCUGCAGAGGCCGUCUCGACGGCCCGCGCGGGUCUGGAGCGAGCGCACCUGGAGCUUGUGAACGAGAUUCGCCUAGCAGCGCAAUCGGCGCAGCUGGGUCUUGUUGAGAUCACAGGCACACCUGGCCUUGCGCGCGCGAUUCGGGCAGCUGGUCCUGCGCAUGCGGAUCCACUGCUUGAGCGGCUUCUACAUCACAGCCGAUGGUGUGAGCGUCAAGCUCAGCAUGAUCCGCCUGCCGCCAGAAGUCCACUGCCCCAGGAGCCCAAGGUCUCGUCCACGCCGAGCCGCGCCUCCGAGGACGCGGAGGCUUUGCUGGAAAGGGCUGAGAUGAGGCCCAAGCCAGGAGAGGUGUCUCCUUUGGGCGCCCGAAGUCUGCGCAGAGGGAAGGCGGUGGUGAAGUCCUAUGGUAAGGACGAGAAGGAGCUCUGUUUGCAAGAGCUCCGCGCGUUGCUGAAGUUGAAGACACAGCAACAUGUGAUCCAGCUGCUUGACGUCUUCAAGUCUGAAGGGCUGAUAUACUUGGAGUUCCCAUUUUGCGCCGGUGGAAGCAUGCAUCAGUGGUGUCAGAAGGUGGGCCCGCCGCUUCUGAGGGGCGAUCCAGACGCCUUUGUGCGGUGCCUUGCCAUCUGGCGGCAGAUUUGGCAGGCGCUGAGCUACAUUCACUUGGAGCUGGUUUGCCACGGGGACCUCACCCUGGACAACAUGCUAUUGACAGCCGACCACCACCCCGUGCUGACGGAUUUUAGGUGCAGCACGGUGGCCGGCCACGGCCCGCGCCGGUCCCUGACGCCGGACUACGCGGCGCCGGAGCUGGAGGCGGAUGCGGCUGCUGUUCCGAGCGAAGCCAGCGAUGUGUACUCCACUGGAGCUGCAAUGGCCAAGGCAUUCCUCGGGCUGGACCUGGACGUGGCAUCGUGCCCGUACCAUCCCACCCGGGGGCAGAGAUCUCUUCCUGACGAGCGUACUGAUGUAGAUCUUGCAGAUCUCCUGCAGCACGUCCUGGCCGAGAAUCCCAUUGCCAGGCCAUCUGCAGCCAGCGUUUGUAGCCACAGAGCCUUGGAUCCCUCGGGCUUCCUGCGGCGUAGGGGGCUGCUGACAGGCCAGAAGCGCAGCCCAUCCCAAGCCUUCCUGGACGCGGCGGAGGCGCUGCGGGAGGAGUACCGCGGCCGGCGCAUGGAGGAUCCUCUGAUGUUCUCGCGGGAGGCAGUCUUUGACGCCAUCGCCAGCUCGAAGGUGGGCGAGUGGCGAGAAGACGCGUUGCUUGGAGAGUGGAGGGUCAUGCUGAACGAGGAGAGUGGUGUGGACGGGGGUGGACUGCGGCGAGAGGUGGUCAGCCUCUUUUUCGAGCAGCUGGAAAGUAGCAGCUUGGUGAUGCGGACCGGCAUGGAGGGGAGUGGUGUGACGACUCUCUUCCUCAACGAGAGGCAACGGGCGGAUCGGAGUCCUCAGCAGUGGAGGCAGUCCUGGACCGCUGUGGGUGCGAUGCUGUUGCGAGCCUUGGUCCACUUCGGCAACGCGCCCCUGGCUUUCAGCAGCGCUGUUUUCGACUGUGCAUUGGGGAGGAUAUGCCGUAUGCCACCAGACGAUGCUCCGGCAGGUGAGGAGGAGGACGUUCAGGGAAGCAUCGAGCGUCUUCUGAAGCUACGCGAGGAGAAGGGAGAUGACUGGGCGCGCAGCGAGCUUCUGGACUUGCUUCGCCGUUUGCGACGUGAGAAAGAGGCUGGCUACCGAUGGAUGCUGGCACAACGGACUCAGGAGGAGCGCAAUGGUCUCUCGGUCAAUGGCUUGGAGAGCCGCGAGACUAUCGCGGCCAUGCUGGAGCCGCAGAGCUCGCUGUUUCUGCAGCGCCUGGGGCCGGAGCUGCAGGGGGCGGCGCUGGAGUGGGUCUUGCUGUGGGAUCUGUACCUCAAGUUCCUGGGCGGCGGGGACCGGUGGCUGGCCUACGACGCGCUGGCAGAGGGCUUCUCCGCCCACGGCCGGCGCCUGGAGAUGUGGCAGGCGCUGACGGGUGUGCAGGUGGUGGAGACGCUGGAGGGCGUGGAGCUCACGGCCGCGGUGGUGCUGCCCAACCUGGAGUUCAAGCCUGGCUAUGGCUAUGAGACUCAGAUCCAAUACUUCCGGAACGUGAUCGAGACCUUCUCAGCGGAGGAGUUGUCCAUGUUCCUGCGCUUCUCCACGGGCAUCGGGCGCCUGCCCGCCUCCCAGCGCUUCCCGGCUGGCCAGAAGCUCUCCAUCCGCUUCAUGCCGGACCACCUGGAGCACCUGCCCUCCGCGCACACCUGCUUCUGGGUGGUGGACGUGCCCCCCUACGAGGACCAGGAGGACUUGGCGCAGAAGCUGCGCCUCGCCAUCGCGGCGCCGCAGCCCUUCGCGCUGAGCUGAAGGGCAGCGAGAGGCUGCGCUUCCUGCAGUGGAAGAGGUGGAUUGCCCUUCCUCGGCUUGGCCGGGCGCUGCGCCGCGAUGUUUCUUCGCUGGCGCGCGUGCGGCUGUCUUCGGUCUGCGAACCCGGGGCCCCUGAUUUAAGAUCUCAGAAGGGCGAGCUCUGAGCACUGGACAAAGCUGCCAGUUGGACAAUGCUCGAUGGUGCUGGAAAUUAGACCCGUUGCAGAACUGCAAGCAUGGCUC